CCGCGGGUAGUGCGCAUGCAUGAGGCGGCCGCCCAGCCCUGAGUCACCGCUGCGCUCCUCAGCCGCUCCCCAGCAGCGGCGGAAAGGCGGCCACCAUGAAUCGCUUGGGGAAGAAAGCAAAUGAGACCCUCAUCGAGAUGUCUCUGUCAGCGGACGAUGACAUUGCGAUUCUCACCAAGUUCAAGCCAUCACAGUCAGAAGGGGAAGAAUGCAAUGGACCUGAAAUUAUUUCAACUGCAGGAUCAGAAAUCCCAAGCAGCUCUGAGGGCCUAAACAGUUCUGAGACUACUUUACUCAUCCCUGAACAUCAAGUGAUUGAUAAAAGACAUCAAAGCAAAGAUUCUAUUUUCUUCAGGGAUGGUGUGAGGAGAAUUGAUUUUGUUCUCUCCUAUGUGGAUGAUCUUAAUAAGGAAUGGGAAAAAAAGUUGGAAAGGAGAAAAGAAUUUGAGAGCAACCUGCAAAAGGCUGGUUUGGAGCUAGAAACAGAAGAUAAGAAGGAAUCUGAAGAUGGCAAGAUUUUUUUUGUGAAGAUCCAUGCACCAUGGGAGGUUCUGAUCACAUAUGCAGAAGUGCUGAACAUUAAAGUUCCUAUCAGGGAAAAUGACAUUACCCCCAUGGUAGAGAACCCCCUGGACUGUGUGCUUUUCCCACUCAGACUGCCCGAGAAGGUGAUGCACCCUGAACCAGAUUACUUCACGGCACCAUUCAGCAAGGACAAGCAGGAGCUGUACCUCAUUAAUGAUGAGAGCACUUUCUUCUCACCAUCCAUGAGAAAUAGAAUAGUUAAUUAUAUUCUUACACGUUGCCCAUAUGGAACAGAAGAAGGGAAGAAAAAAUUUGGGAUUAAGAGACUGCUAAACAAUGGCACCUAUACAGCUGCAUAUCCUCUUCAUGAUUGCCAGUACUGGAAAAAGGCAAGUGACCCGAACUGUGACAGUGAGAGGUACACACUCUACAUGGAGUGGGCCCGCUUCUUGCGCUUCUACAAAGAGCAGCCUUUGGACCUUAUCAGAAAAUACUAUGGUGAGAAGAUUGGAAUCUAUUUUGCCUGGCUAGGAUUUUACACAGAGAUGUUGUUCCUUGCAGCAGUUGUUGGUUUAAUCUGUUUUCUCUAUGGCUUGUUUACAAUGGAUGAAAAUAUGAGCAGCAAAGAAAUCUGUGACCCUGCAAUUGGAGGAGAGAUUAUCAUGUGCCCACUUUGUGACCGAGACUGUGAAUACUGGAGACUAAAUACCACCUGCGAGUCCUCACAGUAUUCCCAUCUGUUUGACAACGUGGCAACUCUUUUUUUUGCCAUUUUCAUGGGUAUAUGGGUUACGCUUUUCUUGGAGUUUUGGAAAAGGCGGCAAGCAAGACUGAAAUAUGAAUGGGAUUUGGUUGAUUUUGAAGAGGAACAGCAACAGCUUCAGCUGAGGCCUGAGUAUGAAGCAAAAUGUACCCAAAAGAAGAGGAAUCCCAUAACUCAGGAGAUGGAGCCUUAUUUGCCUUUAACUAGCCAGGCUGUGCGAUUCUGCAUCUCAGGAGCUACAGUGUUGUUCUGGGUGUCCUUGAUCAUAGCCAGCAUGAUAGCUGUGAUUGUGUAUCGCCUUGCAGUGUAUGCUGCGUUCGCCAGCCUCAUGGAGAACACUCAGACACUGCAGCCCAUCAGUGGCUUACUGACCCCUCAGCUGGCAACUUCAGUCACAGCCUCCUGCCUCAAUUUUGUCAUCAUCAUGAUACUGAAUUUCUUCUAUGAGAGAAUAGCCAUCUGGAUUACUGAUAUGGAGAUCCCCAGAACUCAUAUGGAGUAUGAGAACAGGCUCACUAUGAAAAUGUUUUUGUUCCAGUUUGUCAACUACUAUUCAUCCUGCUUCUACGUGGCCUUCUUCAAAGGGAAGUUUGUUGGUUACCCAGGUGGCUACACAUACAUGUUUAAUCGCUGGCGAAAUGAAGAGUGUGAUCCUGCAGGCUGUUUGAUAGAACUGACGACACAGCUCACCAUAGUCAUGGCUGGCAAACAGAUCUGGGGAAAUAUCCAAGAGGCUAUUGUUCCCUGGAUUUGUAACUGGUGGGGUCGUCGGAAAGCCAGAAAUAAUCCCGAAAAUUUAUACAGUCGCUGGGAGCAAGACCAUGAUCUGCAGACAUUUGGAGCCUUAGGCCUGUUCUAUGAAUAUUUAGAAAUGGUGAUUCAGUUUGGAUUCAUUACUCUCUUUGUGGCAUCUUUUCCCCUGGCUCCCCUUCUUGCUCUGAUGAAUAAUAUCCUGGAGAUUCGUGUAGACUCCUGGAAAUUAACCACUCAGUACAGAAGACCUGUGGCUGCAAAAGCACAUAGCAUAGGAGUGUGGCAGGAAAUCCUCAACGGGAUGGCCAUCCUGUCUGUUGUCACUAAUGCUUUUAUUGUUGCAUUCACAUCAGAUAUGAUCCCUCGUUUAGUUUACUACUAUGCUUAUUCUGAAAAUGAAGACUCACCAAUGUCUGGAUACAUAAACAACAGUUUGUCAGUGUUUCAAAUUUCAGAUUUUCCUGAGAGAAAUAAGCCUAAAGAGAAUCCAGAAAACUUUGUCAUAUGCAGGUACAGAGACUAUCGAUAUCCUCCAGAUCAUGAGAGAAAAUACUUACACACUAUGCAGUUCUGGCACAUUCUUGCUGCAAAACUGGCCUUUAUAAUUAUUAUGGAGCAUGUGGUAUUCAUCGUCAAAUUCUUUGUAGCAUGGAUGAUCCCUGAUGUUCCUGCAGAUGUGAAAGCCAAAAUAAAACGUGAAAAGUAUUUAACACAAAAAAUCCUACAUGAGUAUGAACUUGAAAAACUGAAGGAGAGACUGUGCCAAGGUGAUAAACAAGCCACAGAAAAAGAGUUCAUCGCCACAGAAGGGAGAAUGGAGCUAUCCAGAGCAAUGUAGCCAAAAAUCCAAUUGUUUGGGAUUUAGCUUGUUUUAGCUUUUUUUAUCUGUGGUUUGCUCAGUAUGUUGAAAGUUGUAGGAGAGUUCUACCUUUCUCUUUCAAUCCAAAGAUUUUAGGGUUUUCUUUAAAGGUUUUACUGAGCUUUCAAGGUUUAGGAAAUCUGCUUAAAUGUAUGAUUUUAUCACUGGUUUUUAUUUUCCCGUGACUUUGAACAGUAAAUGUAAUCUUGUAAUCCUAGAAUUUUGACUCCUGGUGUAGGGACUGUUAACCUCAAAGGGCUCACAGGGCAUGAUAAGGUCAUUAACCACCAAGCCCUCUCCGUGUUGCUAAUUGCAACAUUCCAGACUGUAUCCCAUCUGACUGAAAAGGAUACCACAGAGGACCACCGCUGUGGAAUAUGCUGAGAAUUAUUAUUUUUAUUAUGUGACCAUUUGAAUAGAACACUCCUGAUACAAGAGUUAAGGUUUAGGACUUUUUUUUGUAUUAAUUAUGUCUUAUGAAACAUUGGUUUGAACUUCUAUACAUUUUGCAGAAGGAAUUGAUUUUUAAAGAUAUAUUGGCUUAAUUCCAAUUGUAAUUACUUGUAGGCACAAAAUUCAGUUAAUACAAACUAGUUGAAGGGGAAAAAGAAGCCAUAAUUUAUUUUCUUAAAGACACAGUUUGUGGAAGAGUUUACUCUCUAAAUGCAGUUAUUGUGGAAUGACCUAAAUGCAGUGGGUUUUGAAAAGAUGUAUGCAAUUUGGAGAAUAACAGUUAUUUAAUUUCUCAUUCUCAAAAGCUACCAUUGGAAGAUUAUGUUUGACAUUGUUUUUGGCCAAAUCUUCUUGUUUGUUUGUUUAUUUAUUUGUUUGGAUUCUCAGUGAAUGCCAGCAAAGGGCUAAAACUGUGUGUCUGUUCUCGAUGCAUACUAUGGAAUGUGCCUGCACUCCAUGGCAGUCGAUUGGGAGCUGGACCACCAUACCAGUUGAUUUAGCUGAAUGGUUUGGUCUUGGAUUUUUAUCAUAAAGAUUUUAAGCAUGCCAAAUAACAAUCUAUGUUUAUGCUGUUAUUGUCCUUACACAUAAUAUCCUGUGGCUUGGGGGUUAUUCUGUUGUGGUUUUUUUUUCCUUUUGAAUCUUUAGGAAGGAUUUUUCUUUUCCUUUUUGUUAGGUGGCUUUUCUACAAAGUUACUGGGUUUAUAAAUAUAUAAAUAACUAUUUGUGCAAAGUAGCUUCCAGCUGUUUAAGAAUGUGCCCUCAUUUCCUAUUUUGAACCAGGUAGGCAUUUUUAUAAUUUUGAUGUAUAUUUAAAAUGUAUCAACGCUUCCAUGCUUAGUGCCUUGUUUUUUUGCAUUUGGCAAGAGGUGUGAAAAUUAUCUCACAUAUAUAUUAUAUUUUGGAAAAGGGCAGGCCAGUGCCCUUUUCAAAAAAAUGCUUGCAGGCAUCAGGAUACUGUGAACCUGCAGACAGAGCUGUUCAGUGUUACCAAACCAAGCCUGCCUUGGCACACUUCUGUUUCAGCUCUAUGUGGACUGUUAGAGAGCAGUUUGUGCCUAGACUGCAGAUUGUUUUAACACCAGAUUAUUGAGUUCUCUCAUGCUGAAUAUACAAGGUAGACAAGAUUAGAAAAUUUUGCUCUAUUUGCACUUUGAAAGUUAUACUUUGCAAGUAUAAACAUAAAAAUUGAGAUUUGUAUUCCAUAUCAGCUGUAUUAUGUGCUGUUUACUAGUACCACAACUUAAGGUGUGUUGUUUUAGCAAACCUUGCCUGUGUAUUGGAGUACUUGGCGAGUAACCUUAAUGUUGUAACAGUUUUAAAUCAACGUCCUGAGUGGAGCUGUUGUUAUUAGCAAAAGGAUUAAUGCUAAGUGCCUACCUCGAGCACACGUCACACAGUUUGGCUGCCAGUCAAGGAGUUGAUGCUGAUGAUUAUUUCUCAUUACUGUAAGUUACCUUCAUUCUCUAAGGUUGCUUGAUCAAUCAAGCAUGUUGGCAAUUUAUGUUCAUGAUGAACUGAUCAUGUUCUUGAAUAUUCAGAUGUAUUUGAAGUAAUGGAUCUGUUUGAGGAAUGCAUGUGUAAAUAAAUUAGCUCUGCUGCUUAAUGUGUAAGCCAAAGAAAAGUAUUAGCCAUCAGUCAUAAUCACAUAUCGAACACCACAAUUUGCACCAUGAAAGCACUGUGCUGCAUCUUGCACAUAUACUGUUAAUUAAACUGCCUAAUUUAGCUGUUGUGGGUUUGUUACUGUUUGCAAUGCAAACAGAUGCUUCAAACAGAAAGGUGAUGAAUUACAAAAGGAUAUAUUUCUGUAGGAAAUGUACGACCUGACUGAAGCUGAAAACAGAUUUGGAAACUUAGUGUUAGAUGGACUAUUUCUGCUUAUGGAAGAUUAGUUUCUUCAAGUAAUAAAGUGUCCUUAUAUACUACUCUUGAAAAGAUAUCAGCAAAAUAGGUGUGUUGUGAAUGAGCAAUGCUAUUUAGAAGUAAGAAGGAGGAAAAUAAAGAAAUACAUUUGUUUGGGAUGCAGCAAUGAUAUGCAGACCCUAAAUUUGAAUUGAUGUUUUGACUGCUAUUUUGUACUUCUUACAAACUUAUUUUUUUAAGAUCACUUGCAGUACAAACAGAUGUUUUGUAUAUGUUGUAUCAUACAUUAGAAAGUGGAAAAAACCCUGGGAUCAGCUUAUUUAGAAAGAAAUAUGUAUGCAUUUUAAAAAUAAGUCAUUACACUUCAUAGCAUUACUUCUUUGUAUACAGAAACUGUUGAAAAGAGUUCUCAUACUAAAAGCUAAUGUCACUUAAAAAAUUAUCUUGAUGCCUUUUUUCAUAAUAGUUUGCCUUUACUUGCCAUUAAGCAGUAUUUUGACUAAAGGUAUCAGUGUGGUUGGGUUUAUAAUGGUUCACAUAAGUUUCCUGAAGUGUUCUUGAAAAGUGAUGAAAGUAAGGAAGGCCUGAUCAGUUUGGAGAUGUGCUGAUUCUUACUGAUUGUUGGAAUAUUUCAUUUUGAUGUGAUUUAGUAUCUAGAAGUCUCCUUUAACCAAAGUGAAUAAAGUUUUGUCUUGCAAUUACUGUAAUUUAAGCAGCAAUAGACUGCCUCAUUACAAUUAGUUACAUAAAACAAAUUUGACCUUUCAGGUGUAAUACAGUCAGGGAUUUUUAUUUUUUUUUCAAUUAAAAUUUAGGUUUUUUACCGUGGGAAGGUUUAGUGGGGCAUGUUCUAAGCAAAGGACUGCAAAAGAAGUGUGCUACUAUGAGACACUAUCCUAUUUUUCUAGAAUGUUUUUUACUAUGCUUUUUCUUUUUUAUUUAAUGCUGUCAGUUUGAGGCAACAGAAUGGAGUGAAAAUAGAUGGCGUUUCUGAUUAUUCUACAUGUACCACUUGUUUGACUCAUACUGUCAUGUAAUCUGAGUAGCAUUUUUGUCUGCUAAGUAUGUUGCUGAUAUAUGUGAUACACUAAUAUUGGAAUAUUUUUUUUAAACAUUCUGCUAACAUUUAAUAUGCACAUUUAAUAAGAUCUGAAUCUAGAAAAUAAAGCUGUGUUCAUUUUUAA